AUGCAACGUGUUAGAUGCGCAAAGAUUUUACGAAAAAAUUUUGGUGCUACGAAAAGAUCAAAAACUUGGCGAUGGGAUAAAGUAGUCAAUACAGAUUUCUCUGGAAAAUUCAUUUUAGAUUCCUCAUCGAAUCCACAUAAUGACGGUGUUUGGGCAAAAGCUGCUGAAGAAAUACCACCAGCAAUUUAUUAUCGAUCAAAAAGUAAAUUUGCAAGUGGUCUUAUUUUUUGGGGUGGCAUCUCUAUGUCGGAUAAAUUCAUUCCACAUUAUUUACGUGAUACUGAUGAUACAUCAACCGCUCGUGACAUAUAUCAAUAA